AAACCCCUUCACUUAGCUUUCUUCCCACUCCGAUUCUAGGCUAGGUUUCGGAAACCUGCAGUACGUACUAGAUGAAGUUUGGGAAGAGGCUGAAGCACCAAAUGCAGGAGACGUUGCCAAGCUGGCGUGACAAGUUUCUUUCGUACAAGGAUUUGAAGAAGCUUGUGAAGCUGAUUUCUUCGGCUCCGGCGGUGUUGAAUGGGAAGUCCGGGAAGGCGGAGGCGGACUUUGUGUACCUGUUGAACAAUGAGAUCGACAAGCUCAAUGUCUUUUUCAUGGAGCAGGAGGAGGAUUUCAUUAUCCGGAAUAAGGAAUUACUGCAGAGAAUAAAGAAGGUAACUGAUACGUGGGGACCAAAUGGUAGCCAGCCUUCAAAGACUAUAUAUCAAGAUGAAGUCGGAAAAAUAAGAAAAGACAUUGUUGACUUCCACGGUGAAAUGGUGCUCUUGGUCAACUACAGCAAUAUCAAUUACACAGGAUUGGCCAAAAUACUGAAGAAGUAUGACAAGAGAACAGGAGCUCUGCUGCGCUUGCCAUUCAUCCAAAAAAUACUGGAGCAGCCCUUCUUCACCACUGAUCUUAUCUCAAAGCUUGUCAAGGAAUGUGAAGGCACCAUUGAUGCAGUGUUCCUGGCGGACGAAGAAGAUAAGAGGAAAAGAGAAGUAAAGGAAGCAAUAACAGUUGCCGGCGAAGGAAUAUUUAGAAACACAGUUGCAGCUCUAUUGACAAUGCAAGAAAUCAGAAGCGGAAGCUCUACUUACAGUCAGUAUUCUCUACCACCAAUCAACUUGCCUGCGGACUCGGAUCUCAUCCAGUUAGUCCAACUCAACCCUCCGAUAGCAAUAGUCUAGUAUGAGAGCUACUAGCUAGAGUUAAGCAGACAAGACAGGAGAAGUUCAUAUAUACAUACAGGAUAGCAUAGGAACUGGAGAAUGAUCGUGUGAUCAGAUUCUUAUGUAUUAGUCUCAAAAAACUAGCUACAGAGUACAGACUACUGGCAUGUAUCUUAAUAUACAAAAGGAGAAGAGUUCUGUGUUAGUGUUUAGUAAUUAGUAUUUUAGUUAUAUAUAAGAAUCAUAAGAUCAGAGUGAUUAAUGUAAUAUUGGUCAAUAAGUUGGUUUGGUUCAUUAUAUAUGGUCGGA